AUGGCUGCCUGCGAUACUCGUUUCAAGCUCAACACCGGCGCGGAGAUCCCUGCCCUCGGCCUGGGAACAUGGCAGUCCCAGCCCGGCGAAGUCGCACGCGCUGUCGCCCAUGCUAUUAAGGUCGGAUACCGUCACAUUGACGCUGCCCUUUGCUACGGCAAUGAGAAUGAGGUCGGCCAGGGAAUCAAGGAAGCCAUCGACUCCGGUAUCGUCAAGCGCGAGGACCUGUUCGUUACUACCAAGCUGUGGUGCUCGUUCCACGCCCGCGUCGAGGAGGGUCUGCAGCAGAGUCUGACUGAUCUCGGACUCGACUAUGUCGACCUCUACCUGAUGCACUGGCCCCUGGCCAUGAACCCUAAGGGCAACCACAACAUCUUCCCCAAGCUUCCCGAUGGAUCGCGGGACAUUGACCACUCCCACUCGCACGUCACCACCUGGAAGAGCAUGGAGAAGCUCGUCGGCACCGGCAAGGUCAAGGCCAUUGGUGUCUCCAACUACAGUGUCCAGUACCUGGAGGAGCUCCUGCCCCAGGCCACCAUUAUCCCCGCAGCCAACCAGAUCGAGAACCACCCCUCGCUGCCUCAGCAGGAGAUCGUGGACUUCUGCAAGCAGAAGGGUAUCCACAUCACUGCUUACAGCCCUCUCGGCAGCACUGGCAGCCCUCUGUUCACUGCCGAGCCCAUUGUCUCCGUCGCCAACAAGCGUGGUGUUACCCCUGCUACUGUUCUCCUCAGCUGGCACAUCGCCCGUGGUUCCUCCGUCCUGGCCAAGUCCGUCACCCCAGCCCGCAUCGAGGCCAACCGCGCCGACCUGAUCAAGCUGGACGCCGAGGAUCUGGCUACUAUCCAGAAGUACAGCGACCAGCUCAAGGCCGAGAACAAGUUCCAGCGUUUUGUCUUCCCUCCUUUCGGUGUUAACUUUGGUUUCCCCGAUAAGCAGUAA